ACAGCAGUGGAAGUUAAAUUGUGCUGCAUAUAAAAAAUGGGCGGAUUGGUCUUCCGAUGAGAGAUUGGUACCACCUUCCAUUCUAAAAUAAAAUCACCCUGGCAUGAAGUCACUGACUAUUUCACAUCCGGUUUACUCAAGGACAAACUACCAUUGUCCUGAUAAAGUAAAUAUUUAUUUGUGCGAAAUCACCGUAUUUCGUAAAGAUUUUGCACUCAGAUCACUAAUUUGCUGGGGACUCGGAAGAGUUUAACUCCCCACACCAAUGAAUAGUGCGCGAGACCUGCGCAAACUCAGCGUCGUCAGCAGCAGCUCCUUGAGCCUCAAGCUAAAAUUCGGCUGAUCGGAGAUCUUUGAGGAUUUUUGUCAUCGUAUCAGUGUUCAAAGGGUAUCCAUAAAAGUUGAAGGACACGGAACGGUCGCAUAUCUGAGGUGCAUUGCUGGACACCUGUGCUUGCUGGAAUGAUGUUCGCCCAGCAUCGAACCCACUACUUGUGUAUAUGGGCCUGCUUACUUGUGGCAAACGUGUUCGGAGGGAAAAGCUCGGGAACGAAUGGUGUUACAGAUGAACAGAAGGACAACACCACAGUGUUCACGAGGAUCCUGGACAGCCUUCUGGACGGAUACGACAACCGUCUAAGGCCAGGGCUCGGAGAGCGUGUAACCGAAGUCAAGACUGACAUUUUCGUGACGAGUAUCGGGCCUGUCUCUGACCACGACAUGGAGUACACCAUUGAUGUGUUUUUCCGACAAAGCUGGAAGGAUGAGAGGCUAAAGUUCAAGGGGCCCAUGGCUGUGCUCCGUCUCAACAACCUGAUGGCCAGCAAAAUCUGGACACCAGACACGUUCUUUCACAACGGAAAGAAGUCUGUUGCUCACAAUAUGACCAUGCCCAACAAGCUCCUUCGAAUUACAGAGGAGGGCACACUGCUUUACACAAUGAGGCUGACGGUCAGGGCAGAGUGUCCCAUGCACCUUGAGGACUUUCCCAUGGACGCCCACGCCUGCCCACUCAAGUUUGGCAGCUACGCCUACACCCGCUCAGAGGUGGUGUACGUGUGGACGAGAGGAGCAAUGCAGUCCGUGGUGGUGGCCGAAGACGGAUCCCGACUCAAUCAAUAUGACUUGAUGGGACAGACGGUUGACUCCGGGGUGGUUCAGUCCAGUACUGGAGAGUACGUUGUCAUGACGACACACUUCCAUUUGAAGAGGAAGAUCGGCUACUUUGUCAUUCAGACCUACUUGCCGUGCAUCAUGACAGUCAUCCUGUCCCAGGUGUCCUUCUGGCUCAAUCGGGAGUCCGUGCCUGCCAGGACUGUGUUUGGAGUGACCACUGUACUCACCAUGACCACCCUCAGUAUCAGCGCUAGGAACUCCCUCCCCAAAGUGGCCUACGCCACGGCCAUGGAUUGGUUCAUCGCUGUGUGCUACGCCUUUGUGUUCUCGGCACUCAUCGAGUUCGCCACUGUCAACUACUUCACAAAGAGAGGCUAUGCUUGGGACGGAAAAAGCGUGGUGCCAGAGAAGCAAAAGAAGAAAAAGGAGUCCCUCCUGCAGAAGAACAACACGUCGUAUGCCGCGGCCACCGCCACAGCCUUCGCCCCGAACAUUGCCAGGGACCCGGGCCUGGCCACCAUCGCCAAGAGCGCCCCUCCGCCGCCCACCGAGCCCAAGGAGGAGCCCAAGCCCAAGCCGCCAGAGGCCAAGAAGACCUUCAACAGCGUCAGCAAGAUCGACAGGAUCGCUAGAAUAGCCUUCCCCUUGCUCUUCGGAACCUUCAACCUGGUCUACUGGGCAACGUACUUGAACAAGAAGCCCAAAUUACAGGGCAUGCAACCUCACUAAUCCUACCAGUCCUCUCUCUCUCUCUCUCUCUCUCUCUCUCUCUCUCUCUCUCUCUCUCUCUCUUUCCCCUUUCUUGCUUUCCUUUCUUUUCUCUCUUUCU